AUGGUCUUCCUCUUGCGUAGCCCUGAGCCGGCGGUGACGACGGUGGACGUGCACGCCGCAAAGGACCUUCUGGGCUCCGGCCACCGCUAUCUGGACGUCAGGUGAGUUCUUCCCCUCAUUAUCCCACUCCUCGCCUGGGAUUUCUCCUCGAUCGACCGUCUGAGAUGGAGAGAUUUCUCCUUGUUGCAGAUCGGCGGAGGAGUUCAGCAAAGGUCAUCCGGAAGGCGCCGUCAAUGUCCCGUACUUGUUCUUCACUCCCGAAGGUGAUUAAUCCAUCUCUGCCCCCGCUCCACCGAAAAUUGUGGCUCGGCCGAUUUCGAUCUGAUGGUCAAUCCCUCAGGGCGGCUGAAGAACGCGGAGUUCUUGGACCAGGUCUCGAAGAUCUUCGGCAAGGACGACGCCAUUGUCGUGGUGAGUCGUUGGGAAACCCUAGAUCUCUCCUCCCCAUAAGAAACCCCGCCGGCGGGAAUCCGUCGGAUCUCCUUCUUCCCGAUUUCUCUCGCCUGUGACUUUUCGGCUUCUUGCCAGGGUUGCGCGAGCGGGGUUCGAUCUAUCCAGGCCACCACUGAUCUCCUCAACGCAGUGAGUUCAUGUUCGCCCGAUAUUCGUUCAUUCGAUCUUCGAUUCUCCUCUCGUUCCCCGUCGUCAGAGGUGAGUUUUCUGCUUCUCUGCGGCAGGGAUUCAAGAACACGAAGAACUUCGGGGGAGGCUUCGCCGCGUGGGCCGAGAAGGGCUUCGCCGUCAAGGUGCCCCAAGCUGGGCUGUAG